AUGGCCUUGUUCUCCCUUGCCGUUUUGGCAUUCUCAGUUGUAGCGGUCGAUUCCGCUGUUUGGCCCAAUCCUUCUGGGUCGACUAAGGUCCCAAAGAAGAUGAUCAUUAAAGCCGGAGAAGUCUUUGACGGAAAGAACCAGCGAUUUGUCAGCGGUUGGGGCGGUGGUGACCAAGAAGAAGGACAAGACCCCAUCUUUGAACUGGAAGCAGGAGCUUCUAUCAAGAAUGUUGUGAUUGGAGCCCCCGCAGCCGAUGGUAUCCACUGCUUGGGAUCUUGUGACAUCACAAACGUCUUCUGGGAGGAUGUUGGAGAAGAUGCCGCUACUUUCAAAGGCAAGGCUUCAGACAAGUACAACAUCAUUGGCGGAGGAGCAAAGAAAGCUGAUGACAAGGUCUUCCAACACAACGGAGGCGGCACUGUUACCAUCAAGAACUUUGAUGUAGGUUGGGAAUAUUUUUGCCCACAUCUGUUUGUAACUCUAAUUCCUUAUAUUAUAUUUAUGCCCAAGACAUCGGAAAACUCUACCGUUCUUGCGGAAACUGCGUUAACAAUGGAUUCGAUCGUCACGUCGUUAUGGAUGGCGUCACCGUUUCCGGAAAAAUGUUGGUUCUCGCCGGUGUCAACGGAAAUUACGGCGACACAGCUACCUUGACGAACGUCAAAAUCCCAGCUGGCGGUACGGCUUGCGAAAACUUCACAGGAGUCAACGAUAACAGUGUUGAGCCAAAAGGAGUGGCCUCUUACAAACAGGGACAAGAUGGCGAUGGCAAGGUCUGCAUCUACAAGAAGGCCGAUGUUACUGCCAGCUAA